CAGUUGUCCGCGGGCAUCAUGAGGAUAUUAACGGCGUCCGGGCUCUUCCUGGCCUUCUGUUCCAUCGGGCUCUUGACCAUGGCCAUCAGCACGGACUACUGGUACGAAACAGAUGCGCGAAAACACCGGGACCGAUGCAAAAAAUACGCCAGCAAAAGAAAUGACCCAGGAUACAUAUAUAUCUCUAACCAGAACCUCCCACUCCGGAUGCGACCGAAAACCGCUGGUGAGAGUCAGCCGGAGUCCGCAGCUCCUCUGCGAGAAUCCCCGCAGCCUGAGCCCGUCAUGGAAUCACGCUGCAGCCGCCGCUACAACUCAACCACAACCGGACUGUGGAGGAAAUGCCAUCGAGAAGGGUUCGAUCUGGAGAACGAGGAUCUGAUUUUUAAAGGAUUGCUUCAGCGUUGCACGCCGGUGAAGUAUUACUAUUCCUCAGUGAAUAUCCCGCGGAAUCUGCCAGUGAACAUCACGAAGACUAUAAGACAAGAUGAAUGGCAUGCUCUCCAUUUGCAGCGCAUGACGGCAGGUUUUAUCGGUAUGGCUGUGUCCAUCAUUCUGUUUGGCUGGAUCGUUGGUGUGCUGGGCUGCUGGAAACACAAUGAGCUGAUGCAGUAUGUGGCUGGACUGCUCUUCCUGAUGGGAGGCACCUGCUGCAUCAUUUCCUUGUGCACAUGUGUGGCUGGCAUUAACUUCGAGCUCUCGCGGUACCCGCGCUACCUGUACGGGCUGCCAGAGGACAUCAGUCACGGGUACGGCUGGUCCAUGUUUAGCGCGUGGGGCGGUCUGGGUUUGACGCUGCUGGCUGGCUUUCUGUGCACUCUGGCGCCCUCUCUGCAUAGUCCCCAGAUCAGCAGCAGCGCACACAAACCGCGGCAGGAGAACGGCAUGGUGUGACGCUCGCACACUCCCACCAUACGCAUAGAUCCGCUAGCACAGACACGUCAUGCUGAUAUAGACAAGGGUCUUUACAUGUCAGAGAGAAAUGGCAAAUAAACAGUCACACACUGCAGACAUUGUGCAGAUACACUGCUAUAAUAGACGGGGAAAAUAAAUCAUGAUCCAGAGUGAGUGCAGCUAAGCUAAACACACUGCAGCUGAAGGAAAACAUGCACUGCAAAAAACAUCAAUCAGCAUGACUGUCUUAUUUUCCAGAAAAACAAAGUGCACUUGUAGUGUACUUCAAAUCUUCGAAGUAUAUUUUUGAAAAUUGUAAUAGCAGGCAACAUAACAUUAAUUAAAUAAAAGGCCACUUAAGUAUGUUAAACAUCUGCCACUUAAGUACUAAAACGUGCACUAUGCUUCAAAUUAAAGGUAUGUUUUAACAAUCUUUUGUCAUGCUUUAAAGAAGUACACUUAUUGUGUUGAUUAACAUAAUAAAACGUGUGAAGUACUUGAUUAUAAUUUUAAAUGUAGUGUGUUAUUUACAUUACGUUAUAUGAUAUUUAAAGUUAAAGGAGAAGUCCACUUCCAGAACAACAAUUUACAAAUAAUCUACUCACUCCUUUGUCAUCCAAGAUGUUCAUGUUUUUCUGUCUUCAGUCGGAAAGAAAUUAUGUUUUUUGAGGAAAACAUUUCAGGAUUUCUCUCCAAUUGUGCCCCGAUUUUGAACUUUAAAAAUGUAGUUUAAAUGCAGCUUCAAAGGGCUCUAAAUGGUCCCAGUCGAGGAAGAAG